AUGUCUCUGUCCCUACUCUCAACUGGUAACUUUGAAAGUCAUGAAGCAUUCAUUAAUCAUGUUCAAACCUAUACCUUGAGCCAUGAAUAUGCUAUGAGCAUCAAACGAUCUGAGCAAGAAAAAUUUGUCUAUUUGCAGUGUGAUAGAGGCGGUCAUUACAUUAAUCGAUUAAAUCUCACUGAUGAAACUUGCCAAAGAGCUACAAGUACAAGGCUAAUAGAUUGUCCUUUUGAGCUAUAUAGCAAGAAGAUAAAAGAUGGUCAAUGGCAUUUAACAAUAAAAAACGAAAGGCAUAAUCACGAAGUAUCACAAGACAUCUCAGGCCAUCCAUCAAGUCACUGA